CGCACAAGCUUCGGUUUCGUCAACCAUCUGAUCUUCUUUCACCAUCCCUCCCUCUAGUCCCUCACUCAAUCAAAUUUCAGCCCCAAAGCCAUAAUCUAGACACAAGUUCAGCUCAAAUCCGCAGCAAUAAAGCUGAAAAUCCAUAAUCAAAUGGUUUUCUCUUCCGUAAUUGCAUCGACUCCCCACGUUUGCUUGCCGAAGAUCGCCCGCCCCGCGCUCCGCCGCACGAUUCGAUGCUCCGCCGCGUCGGUUUCGCCGGGAUUCGAUCUCAAGACGUAUUGGACGUCUCUAAUUAGAGAAAUCGAUCAGAAGCUCGACGAGGCGAUUCCGGUGAAGUACCCGGAGCAGAUCUAUGAAUCGAUGCGCUAUUCGGUUUUGGCCAAGGGCGCUAAGAGAGCGCCGCCGGUUAUGUGCGUCGCCGCCUGUGAGAUUUUCGGCGGUAAUCGCCUCGCCGCCUUCUUUUGCUCUGUUUUAGCAGUCCACGCUGCUUCACUGAUACACGACGACUUGCCAUGCAUGGAUGAUGAUCCAUCAAGAAGAGGCAAGCCCUCCAACCACACAGUAUUCGGUGAGGAUAUGGCAAUAUUAGCAGGGGAUGCAUUGUUCCCUCUUGGUUUCCAACAUAUUGUGUCCCACACCCCCACAGAUCUCGUCCCUCAAAGCCGCCUCCUUCGGGUCAUUGCUGAGAUCGCAAGGGCAGUGGGGUCCACCGGCAUGGCUGCAGGUCAGUUUCUCGACCUCGAGGGUGGGCCGAACGCAGUCGAUCUAGUGCAAGAGAAGAAGUUUGGUGAAAUGGGCCAGUGCUCUGCUGUUUGCGGCGGCCUGCUUGCCGGUGCCUCGGAUGACGAGAUUGAGCACCUGAGGAAAUACGGCCGGGCUGUGGGUAUUUUGUAUGAGGUGGUGGAUGACAUCCGGGAAGCGAAACAGCAGUCGGGAGAGGAGGAUGGAGGCAAGAGUAAGGGUAAGAGUUAUGUGUCUGUGUAUGGAGUUGAGAAAGCAAUGGAGGUGGCUGAGGAUUUGAGAUCACAAGCAAAGAAAGAGUUGGAUAGGUUGGAGAAAUAUGGUGAUAAGGUUAUGCCUUUAUAUAGCUUUGUUGAUUAUGCUGCUGAUAGGUAUUUUGGGUUUGAAGAAUUAGUUUAAUCAAUACUUGUUUGUAUUCAGUUUUAGAGAAACUUAUUCAAAACCUUAUUGGAAAUCUUGAUGGAUUAAACUCAAUUGUGGAGUUUGUUUGUGUUA